AUGAAGUACGGCAAGAAGUACCAAGAGACACUGCAGGCGCCAGGGAUUCCAGAGGAAUGGCGCCAACAAGCGAUCGAAUAUCGACAGGUGAGUACACCCCACCAUUAUUGACCAUUUUUGCUUUGUACAGAGCACGACUGACACUGGUCCUCGACUGCUCGCUCCACAGCUCAAGAAGGUCAUUAACCGCGUCGCGACCGAGCUCAAGGACUUGGGUCUGACCAGUGAUGUGCUCAAGGACCUCUUGUCGCAACAAUCCACCGCAUCCACAUCCACAUCCAGCGCCACCUCCACCCAUUCAAGCCCGCUUUCAAAAGGUAAAGACCGACCCCGCCGGAGAAGCAGCACGGUGCGAGCCUCGACGAGCGGCCAUCUCUCGACUUCGCCGAUUUUCGCUCCGAGCGAGGACGACAAGUUGGAAGCCGCGGUCAGGAUCGAGAGCGUCGCGGAUGAAGAGGCCGUCACGUGGGAUAGUUCGGAGGAUUCGUCGCAUGAUGCGCCAAUGAGUAAUGGGCAGUUGAGGAAGGAUAAACGAAGGAGGCAGAGCAAGCUUCGGAGGGCGAGAGCGAGCUACGAAUUGGCCGGUCAGUGCCAGUGCAUGAGAAGGAGUGGUUGUAGUUGGUCGAAGCAGAUACUCAUUCCAUGACCUCAUCGAUCGAAAAUAGGUGACUCUUCCAAUCCGGAACCACGCAUCCACAUCGUCUUCUCGUCCGCUUCGUCGGCGUCGAUCUCCGAGUCGUCGUCGGGCGAGUCGAGCUCGUCUGCGCACGUGCGAGGCCAAAUCGGCAGCCACUCAUCGAAUCGCUUCACCGAGCUGCACGACUCUUCCGAGGAUGACAGUUCACCCGCACGUAGUGCAGAUGGUGACGAUUUGCUCCCUCAUCAGCAUCAUGAGCACCACCAUCAUCGUUCAAAGCAUCAUCAACAUCAUGUCAAGGCUCCUACUGAAGGCGGCGACGAGUCAGCGAACGAAGAAGGUACGACGACCAGUUCUUCGUCGGCCCACCGCGCCAAGAUUCAAUUCGAAGGUGCCGGACCUCAAGCGAACGCCCUGUUGAAAAAGAUGUACGGUCUCGAAGAGAGCGAUACCGAGAUCAACGAGCCUGAUCCUGAAGGACAGGGGGAGGACGAGGAUGAGGACCAUGCCAAGGCGAUGCAGGAAUUGGCCGAGGUCGAGUUGGAUUUGGAACCCAAGAGGAGGAGGAGCGACGAGACGCUUAGGUCGACGGUGCCGGUCGAUCAGGAGCAUGUCGAGGCGAUGAAGAAGCUGUCGAUGGAUACUGAAAAGAGUGCGAGAAGGACUAGCUUGGUUGAGCAGGCCAAUGAGCGACAGGCUUCGGAUGCUGAUGAUGAAGGGCCGGAACGGCCCAGGAGGUGAGUACGAGUGGUUUGGAUGCUGGUGUCGGAGUAGAGACUGACUUCUCCGCUCGAUCAGACGACGGAGACGACACAUUCACCAUCAACCCCGGAAAGAAGUCUUCAUCCCCCUCAACAAGGACAACGAGUUUCUCGGCCUGCUCGCCAAAGCCCUUGCGUCGCUCGCGGCUCUCCAACUCGCGCAAAAGCAAAAUUUCACCACCGCCGUCGAACUCCUCGCCCGGGAGGUCUCCGCUGUUUCUUCCCCCAACCGACCCAAAUCCGACCUCUACAUUUGGAGAGAAAUCUUCAGUCUGUGGGUCGAAGCCCAAAUCUUUGAAUCGGCAAGGGAAAGGGAUCGAGGUGAACGCUCCGUCGAGGCCGUUCAAGAGAAACUGAGUUGGUUCGUCGAUCAAGUCGCGAAACGCAAGUUGGCCAAGAGGAUGAAGCAUAAGGAAAGUCGACAUGCGUUGGAGAGGUUCAUCCAGUUGAAUGUCGAGUUGCUCGAUAUGAAGAAGUUCCAAUUGGCGAACGAGGAGGCGGCUCGAAAGAUUGUGAGUUGGGAAGGAGGGUGACGUCGUGUGGGAGAAGCAAUGAUCUGACUUGAGAGUAUUGUCUUUGUCCGGUUCUCACCAGCUCAAGAAACACGAUAAACGAACGGCCCUAACUGCGUCCUUAGGGUUCCCUAAAUUCAUCGCCGCCGCCUCGUCCCUUUCCGCCUCCUCCUCCCCUGACAACCCCAACAGUCGUGUCCUCACCCUACCCGGAUUCCCCUCCCUCCCCCACGUGCUCCUCUCAACCUUUACCGCCACCCUCCUCCCCGUCAUUCCCCAAUUAGAAGACUACGAAUGCGCCAUCUGUGGUGAAGUCGCUUUCAAGCCCAUUCGCUUGGAAUGCGGGCACAAGUUUUGCGUGAGGUGUUUGGUCAAGAUGCAGAAGAGGGGGCAGGACGCGUGUCCGCAGUGUAGGAGUCCGGUCGUCCUGAGGGCCAAUGCUAGUGAGUCUUUUUCUCAAGGGGGGUUAAAAGAGAAGAUGGGGUGGGAAAUGGGUUGCUGAUCAUCAAGUUUGUGUUCGUUCAGCCAAUCUGGACACGGCGAUGCAGAGUUAUCUCCAACUUUGGUUCCCCAAGGAAGUGAAAGCCAAAGCCAAGUCCAACGCAAAGGAAGCGGCCAAGGAAGAAUUAGCGGAAAUGGUCAGUAACAUCAAACCCCUCUUCAACAACACAAGACAACGUCCGUUUUUUGACUGUUUCGUGUUUUUUUGCGUGUCUCGUGCAGGGUAUGGACGAUCAUCGGUGUGCCGUCAUGUAG